AUGCUUGACAGAUUGUUGGCUAUUCAAUUUCCUUUGAAAUUUGGUAAAUUAACCCCACGACAUGCAUGGUAUUUUGUGAGCAUUAAUUUCGGUGCAGCUAUUCUUAUGACUAUACCAAUUGUGAUUCAGUCAGAUUGGAUUGUGUUUUACAAUAGAAUUGGAUGUUAUGAACGUCCAAGUAAUUUAUUUCAAUCCCUAUAUUAUGGUCUAUUCUCAGGAGAAUGUGUUAUUCAAACAGCUAUCAAUGGAAUAUUGAAUGGAGUACUACUAGUGAAAAUCUAUGUUUGGUUGCGUCACAGGCGUAAAAUUACAACUACAUCGACACAACCGACGACUAUGUCAUGUGAAUUAUCAGCGUGUAUUGUAUUAUUGAUUAUUUCAGGGACAACAUUUCUUCUAUCUGUUCCAGGUGCUUUAGUGAUAUUUUUCGGAGUAACACACCGAUUCGACCAUGAUGACAUUCAACCAAUAAUCAGGUUACGUAUUUCACUGAUAUUAAGAGAUAUCUUCUUGAUUUUUAUCUAUAUGCAGUCUAUGUUUAAUACAAUCAUUUAUAUCUGGAGAAUGGAACACUUUCGUCUAUUGUUCGUGUGUAUUAUUCAGGGGAAACCAUUGCAUACAGUGAACCGACCAUGCAGAAAUUCGUCAUAUGUUACUCAUCAUUAA